AUGGCUCGUAAGCGUAAGGGGCAGGCCCUUAACGACUGCCCCAAGGAUCUUGACGACAUCCCUUACAUCCGCUGGAUGAACCAGCAGAUCGCCAACGGGCGCCAUCCGAAGGGAUUAUCCGCGCCGCCCGUGCUUGACGGCCAGGGAUCCACUGCACAAUCGCCCAGUGCGGCCAUGUCACGUGAGCCACGGAAGAAGCGGUCGGCUGCACCAGUCGAGAGGGGCUUAUGGUCGGACAAGGAGAGCACCAUAUUCGCCGCGGCGAAGUGGUUCAUGAAAGAGGAGCUCGAGCCUCUCAAGGGGAAGCAGGGGACGCAAUACUGGGUCCGACUACUCGCGCACAUCAAGGAGUCGAACCCUGGAUGGUGCAGGGGUGUCAACGCGUUGCAGAAGCAGUGGCGUAACUUGACGCUCCUCUGGCGGGAGUACAAGCGUGGCGACGGGGGGUCAGGCCUCGGCUCGGUUGAGAAACCACCGUGGUAUCCGUACCUGGAGCUGCACAACCAGGACACCGCCGCAGCCGCACCGCAUGCGGUGGACGGCGGCGGCGCCACGGACGUCAACGUGCCGGCCGGCACGGAGGUUCCAAGUUCGUCUCAGCUAGGCACGUCAAUCUGA